ACAAAACACAUCAUCCCCAGACCUGUUGGGGACCAUAUAUCUAGUGGGGGGUGAUAGAUAAUAAGGACAAUUGCAGCAUAUUACAGAAAGAGCAGUUGUGGGGGAAGCACAGGGGCUAUGGGUACACCAAAGAGGCACCUAAAUCAGCCUGGAGGUCAGGGAGGGCUUCCUGGAGGAGGUGACAUCUUAGUUGAAAAACACAAAUUGGCCAGACUGGGAUUGUGGGAGUGGUAUAUAUCCCAGGCGGGGAAACUGUUUGAGUUGAAAAUCCAGAAGAGCAGAGAAGAGGGCAAGGCGUGCAGAACUGACCGACAUUCUUUCUGGCUGGAGGGCAGGGGCCAGUGGCAAAUGACUGGCCUGGUGUGCUUGGCAGCCCCGUGGAGGCUUUAUGAGCCUUGUGAAGGAGCGGCAUGUUUUUUUCUCCUGCAUCUAUUGGCCACUGGCCCAGCCAAUGGCCAAGCAGGAUCCAUACAGGUGGGGCAGACCUACUAGUCAGGCAUUUGAGGCUUUGACUGAAGGAGAAUGAAGCAGGGGUUUGUGGGGGCUCCAGCCCAGGGAAAAGGGCCAAGGGAUGUGGCUGCUGGGGCUGGGUUUAAGGGUGAACUAGGGUUAGAAUUUGGGGCUGAGGCUGAGUUUGAGGCUGGUGUUGGGUUUUGGGGGCUGGAUUCAGGAAUAGAAGUCAAAGUUGGGGCUGGGGUUGAGGUUGGGGUCUAAGACCUAAGUCUGAAAUGUGGAGGUGGGGUUGGGAUAAGGAGUUGGAACUGAGGUUUCAAGCCAGAUUUGGGGUUGGAAUUUGGAGCUGGGACUGGAAUUCGAUUUGGAAAUAGCAUAGAGAUUGAGAUUGGAAUUUGAGGUUCAAUAUUGGAGCUGGGAUUUGGGGCAGGAGCUGGGAUUGAAGCAACGAAUUCUACUUAAACUGGAGUUGGGUGCUGAGUUUGGGACUGGAGUUUGGGGCUGGAGGUAAGGCUAGCAGUUGGGCUUGGAGCUGGGGCCCAGGCUGAUAGACAACAUUCCUCCUGCUGCCCAGGUCUGCGAAUUGUGUUCCCAGCCCUUACAGCAGGUGACAGAAGCCCCUCCCUUCCCAGGAAUGCCUCUGCCCAGCAGAAGGAGCUGUGCCACGUCAGCCAAUCGGCUCAGGCCCUGUUCUGGAAACAACACCUGUUGAUCUCCUCCCCCCAGGCUCACCUGAGUGCAGGUUAGGCAGGUGAAGCGUCUCCCCGGAAACGGGGCUGGAGCGCCCCUCCCGCCCUGCCUGCUCGGAUCGGAUUCAGCACGUCCGGACUUCUCAUAAGGAGACUGAGGCUCUAGGAGGUAAACUAAUCAGGCUUACCUGACUCUCCUCCAGGCCCCUCCACUGAGCUCCCAACCCACAGCCCAGCACUAGCCACCGAGAACAGGACGUGCCCUUAGGGCUGUCUCCUGCUGUCAACCGGGAGUUUCAACUGGGGCUCCUUGAGGACAGGAACCAAGCCUGCUUUAUUUUCCCAGUGAGCCAGCAGUGACAGCUGAGGCCAUGUGAGUCUGAUCCUGAAUGAGGCUUUAUCUCUAGCUGUUAGUCCCAUCGUCCACCGUGGCACCAGCUUCCUCGGCCAGCCGGGAUGGGACAGGCAUCUGAGACAGCUGGAGCUAGAGAGGUAAGGGUGACCAUACCCUGGACCGUGAGAGGAACAGGACUCUUGGCCUCUAGCUGCCAAGCAGGUGCGGAGGGCACCAGGCCAUGAACCACGGCCUCUAGCCCCUGACGCUGACCCUCUGCCCUGAUCCCUGCCAGACCAAGCCAUGUCUGAAGGAGAGACUCAAGCCCCGGUGGGCCGGGGACUGCCAGCAGAUGUACUGGCAGAGCAGGUGGAGCUGUGGUGGUCCCAGCAGCCGCGGCGCUCGGCACUCUGCUUUGCUGUGGCCGUGGUCCUUGUGGCAGGCUGUGGGGCAAGUGGUGUGGUACUGCUUUCCUCCACCAGCAGCCGCUCAGGUGAGUGGCGGCUAGCAUCCGGCACAGUGCUCUGUCUGCUGGCCCUGCUGGUACUGGUAAAGCAGCUGAUGAGCUCAGCUGUACAGGACAUGAACUGCGUGCGUCAGCCCCACCACGUGGCCCUGCUGCGCAGCGGUGGAGGUGCCGAUGCCCUCGUGGUGCUGCUCAGCGGCCUGGUAUUGCUGGUCACCGGGCUGACACUGGCUGGACUGGCUGCUGCCCCCACUCCCGCCCAGCCGCUGGCUGCCAUGCUGUCAGUGGGCAUUGCUCUGGCUGCCUCAGGCUUGCUCUUGCUGCUAGGCUUGAUACUGUAUCAGGUGGGCGUGAGUGGACACUGCCCCCCUAUCCGAGCGGCUGCCCCCUCCACCCACAGUGGCCACGUUGGCAGUGACGGCAUCUUCAGCAUCUCAGGACAGCUGUCUGCUGGCCAGCAACAUGAGACCACAUCCAGCAUCGCUAGCCUCAUCUGACCGAGCCAAACCAGAGUCCUCCUUCCCAGCGACCUGCCUCAGCAUCCACAGAACAUCGGGGCAUGAGUGAGUGAGUGAGUGAGUAUGUAGGGGACGAUGAGCGUAUGUGAUGGUUCCUAGGACUGUGUCAGGGAAGCUGUGGGCUUGUGUGAGUGCGUGACUAAGAGUCCGUGUAUGUCUACACCAUGGGAAGGUGAAUGUGUGUCUCCUUGGAACCGGGUUCUUGUGUCCAUGGAACUGUCAGAGUCUGCCUGUCUGUGUCUGGGGUCUCUGGACAGAGCCCAGAGAAGUGUAUGGGAUCCACAAAGAUUCUUGACCCUUAUUUUCAACACCCCUCAAAUCCAACCCUGCCCUUAUAAUGCCCAUCAGGAAUUUCCACAGGAGUGACUGUUGCCCCACCCUAGUGACUGCCACCAGUGACCCUUCAUUGAGGAAGGUAACUAGCAGCAAAGUAGAAAGAACAUAGGCUCCAGAGUGUGACAGGCCUGGAUUGGAAUCCCCCCUCUACCACUUACCAGUUGGAGGACCUUGGACAAGUGACUUAACUUCUCUGAGCCUCAGUUUCUGGAGGGUCAUGGCCAUGGUGAUCUAUUGUGAGCAUCAAAUGGGAUCAUAUACGGGAUGACUGGGCAUGUGGCAGAUGUGCAAUAAAAAUGGCAGCUGCUAUUGCUAUUGUUAUUGUCAUUACCUCACCCUCUCACCUCAAAGACCCUUCUUCCUCACCCCACCCUCCCAAAGUUAACUCUUUGCUCCUGUGUCAGCCUCAUAAAAGGUACCUUGAAGGGCUCCUCGGUCAGGCCUGUGGUUUCUCUCCUUAGGUAACAAGGAACUAGAGGGGAGAUAGGGUUAGGAGGUGUCCACCUUGGGGAGGCACUGGGUUUCAGGUCCCAGGGAGAAGAGCAUUCAGGAUGGAAGACCCAAUUCGUUCACAUUUGUUCAUGAGCUGGCCCAAGAGAAGGCCUUAAGUCUUGGGGUCUUAUCAGCUGGCUUCUCUGGAGACUGUCUCUGUCUUCGGCUGUGUUCCCUUUGGCCAAUUCCCCAGAGGGUAGCUGGGGGGCUGCAGCUGCUUACCCUACCUUUGAAACCAGAACAUCCUGGAUCUGUGUGGUCA